AUGGCGAGCACUACAGCUACGGCUAUUCAAAGCAGCCGCCCUCCGAUCCUCCCCAAAGAUUUCUCCGCUCAGCAGCCCGAAACCAUUCGCCUCUACCCCCUGUCAAACUAUACGUUCGGAACCAAGGAGACACAGCCUGAGGAGGACCCAUCGGUGCUGGCUCGCCUGAAGCGUCUGGAAGAACAUUAUGACCUACAUGGAAUGCGACGGACCUGCGAGGGCAUUCUCGUCUGCCAUGAACACAAUCACCCUCAUGUGUUGAUGCUGCAGAUCGCCAAUGCUUUCUUUAAGCUGCCAGGUGAUUAUCUGCCCCAUGAGGACGAGGAGAUCAAUGGGUUCAAGAAGCGGUUGAACGAGCGCCUAGCUCCAGUGGGAUCGCAGUUCUCCGGCGAAGGAGUAAACGAAGACUGGGAAAUUGGCGACACCCUUGCCCAAUGGUGGCGACCAAACUUUGAGACAUUCAUGUACCCGUUCCUACCGGGCCAUGUUACACGGCCGAAAGAGUGCAAGAAGUUGUAUUUUAUUCAGCUCCCCAAGAAGAAGGUCCUGUCUGUCCCCAAGAACAUGAAGCUGCUGGCGGUGCCUCUGUUCGAGUUGUACGACAACACCGCACGAUAUGGCCCCCAGCUCUCGGCUAUCCCGCAUUUGCUCUCGCGCUACAACUUUGAGUUCGUGGAUGAAAAUGAUAAUGUCGUCGCUGUGACUCCGGGUACGCCCCUCCCGGAGCACCAAAUUCCUCGUACCAAGGUACUCGCUGGGGGUGAUGACGGCCAGGAUACGGGUAUGACGGAUAUUGGGGAGGAGAAGCCGAACAUGGCCGCAUUUGAUCCCGCGCAAUAA